AUGCCCGACUCCCUGGCGCGUCUCCCUAGCGACCGCGUCUCUAGCGACCGGCCUAUCCUGACCGAAUCCAACGGUCGCAAACAGUUUCUGGCGGCCGUCAUGUGCAAGCAAUACGAGCGUGCCAAUGACCUUUGCCAGCAGAUUCUCCAAGUCGACCCCAGUAACAGCACAGUGCUCGAGUUUCGCAGUGUUUUGGCCUCGGUGCUGGCUGCUGAUGAAGAAGAGGACGAUGAUGAGGAUGAGGAUGACGAUGAUGAGGAUGAUGACGAUGACGAAGACGAUGACGACGACGACGAUGACGGUGGCGAUGACAAUGGCCAAGAUGCCGAGGGCGACGCUUCUGAUGAUGACGCCUCCUCCAUGGGCGACGAGGAGCCAGACGCAUACGAGCCCAGCGGGGUACUCGAUCGGCUUACGAGCACAAAUCACGACGGAGAUUUAAAACAACUCCAACAUCAACUACAAAAUGCAUCUCUCAAUUAG